CGCAGGGCGGCGCAGGGCGGCAGGGCUGCUCGGUGCGGAAACCCCACUCUGUCCCCCGGCCUUGGAGAGCUGCCCUUUUCCGGCACUCCACCUCCACCCGGUACACGCUAAAAUCACACCUCAAACUACAAUGGUACCUCGUCCUGCCGCCUCCUCCAGCCUGCACGCCUGAAGUCGCUCCCCACUCCUGGGUCCCCUGGCUUACCCUCCGGCCCCCUCUUUUCCUCCAGGGCUCUGCCUCUCGCCUCUCUUCCUCCCCUCCCUGUCUCCCCCGCCAUGGCCCUGGGUACCUUCGACUGCUCUCCUGGUCAGUCACCCCCUUUCCUUGAGGACUCCUCUGUCCCCAGUCUCCCCCAUCGCCUUCGUCCCUUCCCCAUCCCUUUACCUCUCUGUCCCUGUCUCCCCUCACUUCCGCAUCCCCCAGACUCUAUCCUGUUUCCCACCUUCUUCCCUCCUCCCUGUUCUCUGCCCUCAGUCUUCCCUCCCCAGCUCUCCUUUUCCUUCAUUCCUCAGUCUCCCUCUUUCACUUUUCCCUCCAAAUCCCUUCGUGUUCCCUGCCGCCCGGUCCCUUCGCAGACUCCCUCGAUUUCCUCCUCCUGAAGUCCUCUCUGCCCCAGACCUUUAUCCACGCCUUCCCCAGUCGCCGUCCGGCUCCGACGCCCCGCCCGCCGAGCUCCCGGCCUCAGUUUCUUUUCCUUCCCGGCUCCUUCCUCUGCCGGCGGCCCUUCUUUUAGGGCGGAUGUGCGCCGGGCAGGCGAAGGCGGUGGCUGCCCGAGAGGAUCCCAGCUCAACCCCGCAGGCCUCGGGCUACAGCUAUGCGACGCUCGGGGCGAGGCCUGGGCUGGCGGCCGCGCGAGCCACAGGAGCUCUGGAGCAGCAGGACCAUGGACACUCUCAAUAGGAGCCAGGUGGGCCCUGGAUGCAAGACCCAAGCUACAGUGCAGAAAGGACCCUUGGACCUGAUUGAAACAGGCAAAGGGCUGAAAGUGCAAACGGACAAGCCCCAUCUGGUGAGCCUGGGCAGUGGGCGGCUCAGCACGGCCAUCACCCUUCUGCCGCUGGAGGAAGGGAGGACAGUGAUUGGCUCUGCGGCCAGGGACAUCUCACUGCAGGGUCCAGGCCUGGCUCCAGAGCAUUGCUACAUCGAGAACCUGCGGGGGACCCUCACCCUCUACCCCUGCGGCAAUGCCUGCACUAUUGAUGGGCUCCCCGUCCGGCAGCCCACCCGGCUCACCCAGGGCUGCAUGUUGUGCCUGGGUCAGUCUACCUUCCUCCGCUUUAACCACCCGGCUGAAGCCAAGUGGAUGAAGAGCAUGAUUCCGGCAGGGGGCCGGGCCCCUGGCCCCCCCUUUGGUCCUGGCCCAGGAGAAUCAGAAAGCCUGGUGAAUGGGAACCACACUCCACAGCCUGCAACCCGGGGACCCUCAGCCUGUGGCAGCCACAGUUCCCUGGUGAGCUCUAUUGAGAAGGACCUGCAGGAAAUCAUGGACUCACUGGUGCUAGAGGAGCCUGGAGCUGCUGGCAAGAAGCCUGCCGCAACUUCCCCACUGUCACCGAUGGCCAACGGUGGCCGCUACCUGCUGUCCCCUCCAACCAGCCCCGGCGCCAUGUCUGUGGGCUCCAGCUAUGAGAACACCUCUCCAGCCUUCUCUCCACUCUCCUCACCAGCCAGCAGUGGAAGCUGUGCCAGCCACUCGCCCAGUGGGCAGGAGCCAGCACCUUCCAUGCCCCCGCUGGUGCCUGCCCGUUCCUCCAGCUACCAUUUGGCCCUGCAGCCCCCACAGUCCCGACCCAGCGGUGCUCGUCCCUCCGAGAGCCCCCGCCUGGGCAGGAAGGGGGGGCAUGAGAGGCCGCCCAGCCCUGGCCUCCGAGGUCUCCUGACAGACAGCCCUGCAGCCACUGUCCUGGCAGAGGCCCGCAGAGCCACAGAGAGCCCCCGGCCGGGUGGGCAGCUGCCCUUGGUGGCAAUCAGCCUGAGUGAUUACCCGGCUUCUGGUGCCCGCAGCCAACCCACCAGCAUUCCUGGCAGCCCCAAGUUCCAGCCUCCGGUCCCUGCUCCCAGAAACAAGAUUGGCACCCUCCAGGAUCGCCCUCCCAGCCCCUUCAGGGAGCCGCCAGGCACGGAGCGGGUGUUGACCACCAGCCCCUCGCGCCAGUUGGUGGGCCGAACGUUUUCGGAUGGGUCAGCCGCCCGCACCCUGCAGCCUCCUGAGAGCCCCCGCCUAGGCCGGCGGGGCCUGGACAGUAUGAGAGAGCUGCCUCCCUUGAGCCCAUCUCUGUCCCGAAGGGCUCUCUCCCCCAUGCCCACCCGGACCACCCCAGAUCCCAAAGUAACCAGGGAAGUGGCGGACAGUCCUCGGCCCCGGCGCUGGGCAGCCCAUGGGGCUUCACCAGAGGACUUCUCCCUGACGCUGGGGGCGCGGGGCCGCAGGACACGGAGCCCUUCCCCCACACUCGGGGAGUCUCUGGCACCCCGCAAGGGCAGCUUCAGUGGCAGGCUGAGCCCGGCUUACAGUCUGGGCUCUUUGACGGGGGCUUCACCCCGCCAGAGCCCCCGUGCCCAGAGGAAGCUCUCCAGCGGGGACUUGCGGGUGCCUGUGACUCGGGAGCGGAAAAAUAGCAUCACGGAGAUCAGUGACAACGAGGAUGACCUCCUGGAGUACCACCGGCGGCAGCGCCAAGAGCGGCUUCGGGAGCAGGAGAUGGAGAGGCUGGAACGCCAGCGCCUGGAGACCAUCCUGAACCUGUGUGCCGAGUACAGCCGGGCCGACGGGGGACCUGAGGCCGGGGAGCUGCCCAGCAUCGGGGAGGCUGCGGCAGCCUUGGCCCUGGCCGGCCGGAGGCCCUCACGCGGCCUGGGGGCGGUCACUGGGGCCUCUGGGCGGAGCAGUGAGGAGCCUGGAGGUGCCACCCAGCGCCUGUGGGAGAGUGUGGAGCGCUCGGAUGAGGAGAAUCUCAAGGAGGAGUGCAGCAGCACUGAGAGCACCCAGCAGGAGCAUGAAGAUGCACCUAGCACCAAGCUCCAGGGAGAGGUGCUGGCCCUGGAAGAGGAGCGGGCUCAGGUGCUGGGACGAGUGGAGCAGCUCAAAGUCCGUGUGAAGGAGCUGGAGCAGCAGCUGCAGGAGUCGGCCCGAGAGGCUGAAAUGGAGCGGGCGUUGCUGCAGGGGGAGAGGGAGGCAGAGCGGGCACUGCUGCAGAAGGAGCAAAAGGCGGUGGACCAGCUGCAGGAGAAGCUGGUGACCUUGGAGACGGGCAUCCAGAAGGAGAGGGACAAGGAGAGGGCGGAGCUGGCCGCGGGACGGAGGCACCUGGAGGCCCGCCAGGCGCUCUACGCCGAGCUCCAGACGCAGCUCGAUAACUGCCCCGAGUCAGUGCGGGAACAGUUACAGGAGCAGCUGAGAAGGGUCAGUUUCACCAGCCCCCUCCCCCGCCCCCGAGAGCCACCCGCCCGGAAGAGAGGAGCGGUGGGCCGGGACCGCCUGGGCCCUGCAGUACCUGCCGGACGCCAGGGAGGCAGAGCCCUGGAGACUGAGACGAAGCUCUUUGAGGACUUGGAGUUCCAGCAGCUGGAGCGGGAGAGCCGCGUGGAGGAAGAGCGCGAGGUGGCGGGCCAGGGGCUGCUCCGGAGCAAGGCGGAGCUGCUUCGCAACAUCGCUAAGAGGAAGGAACGCCUGGCGGUCCUGGACAGUCAGGCUGGGCAGAUCCGGUCCCAGGCUGUGCAAGAGUCUGAACGCCUGGCCCGGGAUAAGAAUGCCUCCUUGCAGCUGCUGCAGAAGGAGAAGGAGAAACUGGCCAUGUUGGAACGAAGAUACCACUCACUCACAGGGGGCAGGCCUUUCCCGAAGACCACGUCGACUCUCAAAGAGUACGUGACGCUUGAGCAGCUAAAGGCGAUGUGGGGUACCUCGCCCGGGCCCACAGCCCCUGCGCCGGGCCUGCCUCCCUGGGCCUCUGCCUCCCAGGACCUGGUUCCCACCACCUGCCUUCCUCCCGUGCUGCCCUCUUCCUCCUCCUUGGCUUCUGUCACGCCUUCGCCCCAGAUGGAGAAGCUGCUGCUCCCCGCUGUAGACUUAGAGCAGUGGUACCAGGAGCUGAUGGCCGGGCUGGGGACUGGCCCCGCUGCAGCCUCCCCUCGCUCCUCCCCCCCGCCUCUGCCCGCCAAAGCUUCCCGUCAGCUGCAGGUUUAUCGCUCCAGGAUGGAUGGUGAAGCCACAAGCCCCCUGCCCCGGACCCGCAGUGGCCCCCUCCCCUCUUCCUCUGGCUCUUCCUCUUCCUCCUCCCAGCUCAGCGUGGCUACCUUGGGCCGUAGCCCCUCCCCAAAGCAGAGUGUGCUGCUCUCCCACAAUGGCACAAGCAGCCUUCCUCGCAACCUGGCAGCCACACUGCAGGACAUUGAGACCAAGCGCCAGCUGGCCCUGCAGCAGAAGGUCGAGUCGCUUCCUGCCGAGCCCCUCCCAACCGACGACCCAGCAGGGCAGCAGGUGAUUGAGGAGCAGCGUCGGCGGCUGGCGGAGCUGAAGCAGAAGGCAGCGGCAGAGGCGCAGUGCCAGUGGGAUGCCCUGCACGGGGCGGCCCCCUUCCCCACCGGGCCCUCGGGCUUCCCACCGCUCGCACACCACUCCAUCCUGCACCACCUGCCGGCUGCGCGGGAGCGCGGGGAGGAGGGCGAGCAUGCCUACGACACGCUGAGCCUGGAGAGCUCGGACAGCAUGGAGACCAGCAUCUCUACGGGGGGCAACUCGGCCUGCUCCCCUGACAACAUGUCCAGUACCAGCGGCCUGGAUGUGGGGAAGAUCGAGGAAAUGGAGAAGAUGCUAAAAGAAGCUCACGCGGAGAAGAGCCGGCUCAUGGAGUCAAGGGAGCGGGAGAUGGAGCUGAGGCGGCAGGCUCUGGAGGAGGAGCGGAGGCGGCGGGAGCAGGUGGAACGGAGGCUGCAGAGCGAGAGUGCCCGGAGGCAGCAGCUGGUGGAGAAGGAGGUCAAGAUGCGGGAGAAACAGUUUUCACAGGCACGACCCCUGACCCGCUACCUGCCAAUCAGGAAGGAGGACUUUGACCUGAAGACCCACAUUGAGUCGUCAGGCCACGGUGUGGAUACGUGCCUGCACGUGGUGCUCAGCAGCAAGGUCUGCCGUGGCUACUUGGUCAAGAUGGGCGGCAAGAUUAAAUCAUGGAAGAAGCGCUGGUUUGUCUUCGAUCGGCUCAAGCGCACCCUCUCCUAUUAUGUGGACAAGCAUGAGACGAAGCUGAAGGGGGUCAUCUAUUUCCAGGCCAUCGAGGAAGUGUACUAUGACCACCUGCGCAGUGCAGCCAAGAAGAGGUUUUUCAGCUUCACUCUGGUGACUGAGAGCCCGAACCCAGCCCUCACCUUCUGUGUGAAGACCCACGACCGGCUGUACUACAUGGUGGCCCCAUCCGCGGAGGCCAUGCGCAUCUGGAUGGACGUCAUCGUCACCGGGGCUGAGGGCUACACUCAGUUCAUGAACUGACGGAAUGGGCCUCUGGCCCCUUGGGCGGGCCCCAGGACCCUGCCAACUGCCUGCGCUCUGCUCGCCCCUGGAGCCAGAGUGGCACCCUGGGCCUUGGGCCUCACAGGAAUGCUGCCAGAGGCCCUGAAGGGCAGAGCAUACUGGGGCUUUUGUGCCAGAAGAGACUCUGGAACAUUCUGUAAGGAGCUCUUCCUGUGAGUUUCUGAGCUCUGGCCCUCUAAAGAACCAGCCAGGAGAUAAAAGUUGGGGAGGGGGCCUUGUUGCCUCCUGGAGCCCAGAACUCGCAAUAACCCUUCAGGGUCCUGCCCCGGGCCCAGACAGGCAAGGAGCUGUCACAGGGGGGCCCCUCUGCCCUGACCUGGCACCUGCGCUCCCCAGCCUGUGUUCUCUUUUGUUAAGGACAACUUAUAGUACCAGAAUCUGCCAAAGAUCCCCUCUUGCCUCAGCCCCCUCUGCAGGGGCCUUGGGGGCUGAGAGAGCCACAUCCAGAGUGGGGUAACAGCUCAGGCGGUGUUCUUCUCAAACCCUGCUCUAGCCCGUUGUUGACCCAUGUUGAUUACUUUGCCAAGGGCCAGAGACCACGGGUGUCAUCCUUCAGGUCCCAGCCUCUCCCCUUUUUGCAGACCCAGCACCAUGGUCACCGUAGUGACUGCUUCAUUGCCAUGGUUACAUACUAAUUGCCGUGGCUCUGUGGCUCAGCCUGCUGCUUCAACUGUGGGCCCGGCUGAGGGUACGUGCCAUUAUCUCUCCAGCCCAGGUCCUUGGGCAUCUCCACCUGGGGGGACGGGACUGAACACCUUCUCCCCCCCAAGCCUGUGUCUCCAGGCCCUGAUAUGUAGCCUGCCGGCCUCCAGUCCAACCCUCUCCCUUCCACUCGUGCCUUGCUUAGAGCCAGAAGGGACGAAGCCGGGAACUAGAGACCAGAGGAGGAGCCACUGGCUGAGAGAGGAAGCUGGAAGGGCUGUCCUCGGGGUUUGUUAUGGGGCUGAGCUUCUGAUGGGCAGAGGGUUGCUCAGAUGCUCCCUGAGGGAAGCCCUGAGCAGGAGAGGAAGCAGCAGAGGGGGCCUUGAGAUCUGGUUGCCCUUCCUGUGGCCUCAGAAGAGGGAUGAAACGGAGAGCAGAGGACCAGGCCUCCAGCUGUCUGGGCUCAGCCCUUAGCGCCUUAACACUAAGCCCACCUCCCUGUCCCUCUUCCUGGUCCUGGGCCAUGGUUGCUGGGUCCAGGCUGGGUGUUUUUCAGUAUUUGUAAGCAUCUCAGCAGAACAAUAAAGCAUUUGGACUAUG